AUGUCUUACUUUCUUCCUCACUUGACCAACGGUUGGCAAGUUGACCAAGCCAUUCUAUCAGAGGAAGAUAGAGUGGUUGUGAUUAGGUUUGGACAUGAUUGGGAUCCGACCUGUAUGAAGAUGGACGAGACGUUGUAUGGUAUCGCGGAAAAGGUCAAGAAUUUUGCCGUCAUUUACUUGGCUGACAUUACAGAAGUACCCGAUUUUAAUAAAAUGUACGAACUUUACGAUCCGUGCACUGUAAUGUUUUUCUUCCGCAACAAACACAUAAUGAUCGAUCUAGGAACAGGAAACAACAACAAAAUCAAUUGGGCACUUGAGGACAAACAAGAACUUAUAGACAUUAUCGAGACUGUUUAUCGGGGAGCACGCAAAGGGAGAGGUCUUGUUGUAUCCCCGAAGGACUAUUCUACGAAGAAGUUUAGCAAAUAUAUAGACUUGAUGUGUGGUGGCGUAUCGAUAUCCAUGUACGGAAGAGAGAGUGAAACCAAGAGGAACGUGACUUUUGCCGGCAAUAAUGUAGGAGAUAUGGUUACUCACAGGAUAAGAUGCAAAGGAUUUCUGGAUAAGGAUGGACAAAGACCAGCAGAACGGGGCGAGAAACAUUCUGCUCAAACUGUUGAGUCGGACAACCUGACGCCUCUGACAACGGCGUCCUUGUAUAAAGAUGCGUUUGAUAACAUCUAUUGCCAAAUGCGUUUCUUCUGGCAUUAUGGGGGUUCGUUUGUAUGCACUUAUGAAUCAGGUGGGAAUAACACUGGAUCGUGUCAUACUUUGACUGAAAAUGAGCUAAUUUAG